UUCUUUUCUCUUGCGAUUGGAGCUCUGCUUGUAUCUGCAAAAAUGGCAGAGGAGGUUGUUCUCUUGAGCUUCUGGCCCAGCUACUAUGGGAUGAGGGUGAGUAUUGCCUUGGAAGAGAAGGGCAUCAACUACGAGCUCAAGGAAGAAGCAGUGAACGGAGGCAAGAGCCCUUUGCUGCUGAAGAUGAAUCCAAUUCACAAAAAGCUCCCUGUUUUGAUUCAUAAUGGGAGACCCAUCUGUGAAUCUCUCAUCAUACUUGAAUAUAUUGACCAAAUUUGGAAUCACAGAUCUCCCUUGUUGCCCUCUGAUCCUUACCAGCGUUCACAGGUCAGGUUCUGGGCUGAUUAUGUCGACGACAAGGUUUACCCCUCUGGAAGAAGGAUAUGGAUGAGCAAGGGAGAAGAACAAGAAGCAGCUAAGGAGGAGUUCAUGGAGGGAUUGAAAGUGUUAGAAGGAGAGCUUGGAGAGAAGGCCUACUUUGGGGGUGAGACCAUGGGCUUCAUUGAUGUUAGCCUGGUUCCCAUGUCUAGCUGGUUUUAUGCAUUAGAGACUUGUGCAAAUUUCAACAUAGAAGCAGAGUGCCCAAAAUUAAUGAAUUGGGUAAAGAGAUGUAUGGAGAAGGAAAGUGUUUCCAAGUCCCUUCCAGAUCCACAUAAGGUCAAUGACCUUGUUCUGGAAAUCCGGAAGUGGGAGGGGUUAGACUAGAAUCUCCUUAUGUUCCUUAUAAACAGAAAAGGGAAGAGGAGAAUUGUGUUCGGGUUGUGUGAUCUCCAUGUUCUGAUCUGUGAUGGCCUUGUUUAUGCCUUAAAUUGUAGUAAGAGAAAUAUGUUAUUAGUGGAUUAGGGCAUUGCAUUUUUAUCUGAGAAUGAGAAUAUUUCUUUUCAGCAUUUCAUCAAACAGUUCAUGUACAGUGAUUUGCCAUAUCUAUUACGUAUUAUGUUUGAGCUA